AUGGGCAACUCACAUCAUACCAAACCUUCAUCAUCCCGGGAAGGCAACCACAACAAUUCUUCAAACCGAACAGUAACGGCAUCAUCCAAUACAAACAAUGACAACAACAACGUUCCUCCCACUCAGCACCAACAAGAUCCGAUCCCAGCAUCAUCGGAACCACAAACCAAUGACACAUCUCACCAAGAAACAUCCGAAUCCAAUGUUGAACAAUCACACACAUCAACACCACUUUCAUGUAAUAAUUUUGAUGCUCCACAAUUACUGGGAGAAUCUUCAAUUCUUAUCGGAGAUGAAGGAAAUUCCAUUGCACAACAGAUCAGAGCCAAUUUACCAUUGGAACAAAAGCUCCAUAAUAAAUGGACCAUGCUCUAUAGCAAUACAAAGAACGGAACAUCUAUUGCAACUUUUGCAGAAAUUGUCAUGUAUCAUGGUCCCAUGCUCAUUUUCAUUAAAGAUAUGGCGGAUAAUGUAUUUGGAGCUUUUUCCAGUGUUUCUUUAGAAAAGAAACCUUCGUUUUAUGGAAAUAGUAACUGCUUUUUAUUUAAAGUGGAAACUGAAGAAAAUUCAGAAGAAAACAAUAACUCGGGAAAGAAAAGUGUAAAAAUUUUUCCUGCCAGUGGCAGAAAUGACAAUUAUGUAUACUUCAAUUAUGGAAACAAGUAUAAUCCAUACAAUGGAUUAGCAUUUGGUGGACGAAUGGGAUGUUUUUCAUUGUGUAUUGAAGAAGAUUGGCGCUUUGGAAAAACAUGUGGAGAUUUAAUAACUUAUUCCUUCAGUCCACAACUUUCUAGUGACUCAGAGUUUGAAAUUAAUUCUAUUGAAUGUUGGAUUUUCCCAUUAAGCGAAUCUGUACAAAUUGAUCUGCGAUACAGAGCUAAGGCAAAACAAUCAAAACAAGCAUUAGGAGAGGGUAACGCUGCUGAAAUUUUCAUCCUGAAACAAGCUGGUAUCAUGUCGAGUGAUAACGAUCACAUUAGAGAGACAGCUUAUCAAAAAGAUACUUCAAGCAAUUCAAAUAACAAUAACGGUGAUAAUUAG